CCCAAAUCAGCGUGCAUUGGACUAAAUCACGGCUUCGAUCCUGCAAGCGUGAUUCUACAAGUAUAUCCCUUCAAAAUCCCGUACCUGGCGCCCGAGCCAUUGUCACACCCGUGGACACGGCGAUCGACCUCGGACCCUUGCAACUGAAUGACGUUGAUCCUUUUACGGCAAGCUUACCGUCCACGGCUCACCAACAUUUACCAAUACAAACAACCCACACUCCAUCGCUCUUCAGUCAUUCCCAUCUCUCUCAGGCAUGUCUGGAUACUAUCCUCCUCCAGGGCACAACAUUCCGCCUCAAUACUACAGCCUCGAUUCCAAUGCGAUACCCAAUUCCAACAUCCAACAUGCCCCACCAACCAUCAUCUCACAUGGCUCGUAUGCACCCACCCUGCCAGACAACCCAUUUCAGCCUGGCGUAACGGGACCUUUUGUACAAUACGAGAACAUUGGUCAACCAAGUUACGUUGAUCAGUAUGAGGAUAUGUCCGGCCCUAUGGGCUCAGCGCAUGGUGGGAAUGGUCGCGCGCGAAGGAGGUCAGCACCUGGCGAGCAGGUGAAGCACCGCAGAACUCGGAGCGGUUGCUUUACAUGCAGGCAACGAAGAGUCAAGUGCGACGAAAAUCAUCCCGUCUGCGAACGUUGUCGCAAGGGGAGCCGCGAGUGCAUCUACCCAGACUCACAGUCCAGUCAAAAGGCGACCCGGAAUGGUUCCAAAUCGGGCAAGUCGGCGUUCGCGGAUGAUCAUUCCUCGCCCGAAACCCAUGAUGGCGAGAACAAGGAGCGUCUUCCCGCGAUCAUUGAUGAAGACGAGGAAGACGACUACAUCGAGUAUGACGACGACGACGAUAUGUCAAAGAGUCAAGAUGCUCGAGAUUCUUCACAUACACCCGGAUCGCUCCUCGAUCAAAGUACGUCGCCAUCUACCGAAGCGUCAUCAACCGCCCCGCCUACGAUAAGACCGUCUCUGUCUCGGAAAGGCAGUGCGCAAACCACCAAAACUGGACCUGUGACCAAGGGUACCUCCGCUAUGGCCCGAGAUCUCCAGUUUUAUCUGAAUUACUUCCGGGACCAUAUGAGUGUACAUCACUACUCUCUGAAACGCGACACGCACGGCUUCCUCAAAGGCGACUUUCUGAGCUGGGCGAGGAAGUUCGAGCCUUUGAAGUACGCUGUAGCCGGCUACGCGGCGUACUUCCACACGCUUGAGCAGCCAGAUGGGCGCAUGUCCACCUUCCUUCAGUUUUAUAACGAGUCUGUUUCGCGACUGAGGAUAGCCAUCACCAAGAACAAGAAACAGGGGCUCGCAACGUUUCUGACUAUAUUACAACUUGCGAGUAUUGAGGAGAUGCUCGGUGACUGGGUCAACCUCAUGGGUCAUCAGAAAGCUGCAUUCGAAAUGCUCACCCGCCUGUUCACGCCGGAGACUAUCACCAAAUCAGAUUUCCUCUGCAAAGUACUACUGUGGUAUGUCCGGUUUGACCUGUUUGUUGGCUUUCAGUCUGGCGGCGAAGCAGUGCUGGGUCGCGAGUGGUACGAGGCUGUGCAUGAAUGCUACGUGCAGAAAGUACGCGACAUGCCAGGGGACAUUGGAAUGCAAUACGAAGAGCGUUUUGCGCAUUCAAGACUGGUGGCGAAAGACUCGAAUGAUCUGUUUGCGAGAACAGCCAAAGGUCUUGUCAGCCCCCAAGAUUUUAUGACACAAUUACCGAUACUCAAGGAGAGAGUGGAGUCGCUACAAAGGAACAUGGGUACGGACUUGACAGAUCCCAGUCACAAGGUCCACCAGAUUUUGGGAACGCCAAAGCCAGAGGACAUUGUCAACCCUUACGAGCCGGAUGUCCUGUGGGGCGGGCCGCUUUGGACGUCGAACUACCUGCAACUGGACAUGCGAGGCAUCUUAUUCAUGUUUACCAUUUCAUCUUCCAUGGCUUUGAAGCAGCCUCUUGAUCCAGAAGUCACCAAAGAAGCGUACAAAGCGAUACAAGUCUUCGAGGCUAUAUGUGCAUAUCCGGAAGCUCCACCGGGCGCGCAGCUGGAGGCACAAGUCAGUUUCGCCAUUGCGACUCUGUUCCUGCCGAAAGAUCGGAAGACUGUUCAGUGGGUUCGACAAACAUUUGCCAGGAUCGAAGCAGCAGGAUACAUAUAUUCCGACAUUCUUCGCAACCGUAUGCUCGAAGGCAUGGGGGUUGGCCCAUCGGACUGGUGGCUCCCCAACGACGAAAGCUGCCCGCCUAUCAUCCGGUCCAUCAAAGACUUUAUCAAAGACCGCACACAGACACCCAAGGACCAAGUUUCGGACGAUCUACGAGAGAUGCGAGGCAUCUUCAGCUCCCUGACCAUUUCAGAUUCGCCGCCCUCGGACAACAUAAUGGUGACGAGCGCCGAUGGUGUGGCUUCAACAUACAAUUCUCCAGAUUGGCAAUCUCCGGGCUACGGAAGCGACCGCAAGUCGUCAAACGCAGAGGCUUAUCCACCAGGGUCACAGCAACAGUACGCUGUGCAGUAGAAUGUCUUGGACACAAGAAGUAUUCGAAUCUCUCAGCAUGGCUGGGAUAAGACAUGAGUUGUUGUGUCGGUCAGGUGCAAUGCCACGUCGGUAGUGCCUACGCCCACGUUGCCUUGGACCACGGCUGGAUGCAUUGCAAUAGAGUGUGUCUAUCGGAAACGUUCUAUCAGCCUGUAGGACGAGCGUCGACCGCCGAGAUGGCCUUCCGAGAGGCGUUUUAGUGCCAGGUUGAGGACAGAAGUGGCUUGGCUUGCCUGGAGGCA